UAUAUAUAUAAAUACAUAUAAAAUACAUAUACACGUACUAUAUAUAUUAAGAAAUUACAAAAAAUUUUCAAAAUGAUGUCAGAAAAGACUAUUCAAUUCCUUAAGAAGCAGUCCGAAAUUAUUUUGGAAAUUAGAAAGUUGGAAGUAAAACCAACAUUAACAGAUGUAGAAAUUCUAAAAUUAAAUGAGCUUCAAAAAUGUUUCAUUGCUAAUCAUAGCAAUUUGUUAAAGAUCGGCGUUGUCGAUCAUGAAUAUUUUAACGCGAAGCAGUAUGAUUUAAUAAUGAUGGUGUUAGAAAAAAUUAAAAAUAAAAAUGAAAAAAUUAAGGGCGAGUCGGUAGAAAACACUUUCCCUAAAUCAAACACUGUCCCUAAAUCAAACCCUCCCCCUACAUUAAACCUUGAAAUGUGUGGUCACCCUGAAAAAGAGGGUAUAGCACAAAACAACGCUUUAAAAGUAGAGCAGGCAUUUCGAAAUAAUGUUGGCCAAUUUCGAGUAUAUCUAGAAGAUACGUCUAAACUAAUAGACAGUAGUCCAGAUUUCCUUAAAAUAAGGAAAAAUAAAAUUGAAUUUUUAUGGCAUAAAAUAGAUAACCUGAUUGAACAGGUGAAUAGUCAUUUUGAGAGCUCGCUAUUCGAAGAAGAAAUUAGCGAACUUGAAUUUGACAAACAAAAUAUUCUUACAGCCAUUAAUAGUCGACUCAGUGGCACAAUAAAUAAAGCUGAAAUGUCGACGGUUGUUAAGGCGGAGGAGUUACCAACCCUGCCUAAAAUACAGAUUCCCACUUUCUUUGGUGAUUCCAAAGAAUGGGAUCUUUUUAAUGAACUCUUUACAGAGCUCAUACAUGUGAGAGAGGAUCUCAGUCCUUCUCUCAAAUUUAAUUAUCUAAAGUCAGCAUUAAAAGGAGAAGCCAGAAAUGUGGUUACUCAUUUACUGCUCGGCUCUGGAGAAAAUUAUGAAGCCACUUGGGAGUUUUUGACCAAGCGAUAUGAGAAUAAAAGAAACAUAUUCUCAGAUCAUAUGAAUAGGCUUAUGGAUAUGCCAAAUUUAAAUUUAGAAUCCAAUAAGCAAAUAAAGACAUUUAUUGACACGAUUAACGAGUCAAUUUAUAUUAUAAAAUUAAAGGCACAAUUACCAGAAGAUGUGGAUGCAAUUUUCGCUCACAUAAUUCUUCGGAAAUUCAAUAAAGAAUCACUCAAUUUAUAUGAAAGCCAUGUUAAAAAGACAAAAGAAAUACAGGCACUUUCUGAUGUCAUGGACUUUUUAGAGCAAAGGCUCAAUUCUAUAUCAUCAUUCUCACAGGAAGUAAAACCUGUAAAGAAAAUGAUUAAUAAUAACAAGAAUAAAAAUUAUAGUGACAAUUGUGCAUAUUGCAAACUACCAGGGCAUUAUUUAAUUCAAUGCCAUAAAUUUAAAAUAAUGAAUCCAGCAGAACGGUCUGACUGGGUAAGAAAAAAUGGGAUUUGCCUAAGAUGUCUGAGGCAUCCGUUUGGUAAAAAAUGUAUAAGCGAGCAGCUUUGUUCGACUUGUCGUAAACCUCACCACACGUUACUUCACUUUGCAGGUCAUAAUCCAGAAAAAGUGAAUACGUGUAGAACAACAGGUCAAGCCUUGUUGGCCACGGCCUUGAUUCAAGUAAAGUCGAGGUAUGGAGGCUUUGAACAAUUAAGAGCAUUGAUUGAUAGUGGCUCUCAAAGCACAAUUAUUUCAGAAGAGUCUGCACAGAUUCUAAAAUUGAAAAAAUUUCGGUCUCAUACUGAAAUAAGUGGAGUAUCUUCCACAGGAACGUGCAUCUCCAAGCACAAAGCGGUUAUUUCGAUAAGAAAUUCUCCGAAAAAUUUAGAAAUUGAAGCAAUUAUUCUCCCAAAACUUAUGAAGGCACUUCCAGUCAACACGAUUAAUGUUGAUCAGAAAAAAUGGAAGAACUUUAAAUUAGCCGACCCCGAUUUUAAUAAACCGGGUCGCAUUGAUCUAAUCAUUGGAGCAGACGUAUAUACUCACAUUCUGCAAAAUGGAGUUAUAAAAAUAGACGGUCUCCUUGGGCAAAAAACUGAUUUCGGGUGGAUAGUUUCUGGAUGUAAAAAAUCCAAAGGAAAAGAAACCAUUGUAGCCACAACAAUAGAAAUAAAAGAGUUAGAUCGCUACUGGGAAGUGGAAGAAGAAGAAAAAGAUGAUAUCGAGUCUGAAAUCUGUGAAAAUAAAUUUAUCAAAACGACAAAAAAAGAUUCAGAUGGGCGAUACAUUGUGUCAAUUCCAUUCAAGGAGGAUGUCACCUUAGGAGAUUCAAAGAAACAAGCGAUAGCUCGUUACAUGAAUCUGGAGAAAAAACUAAAAAGAAAUGAAAAACUUAAGGUUGACUACACUAAAUUCAUGAAUGAAUACAUGGAUUUAGGACACAUGAUUGAAGUGAGUGAUGAAGGCAAAUAUUUUUUACCGCACCAGGCAGUGAUUAGAGAUUCAAGCCUUACGACCAAAUUGAGAGUAGUUUUUGAUGCUUCAGCAAAAACUACGAAUAACAAAAGUUUGAACGACAUAAUGUGGGUUGGGCCACGAGUUCAAAAAGAUAUUUUUGACAUUAUUAUUAAAUGGAGAAAAUGGGAAUUUGUUGUUUCGGCAGACAUUGAAAAGAUGUACCGACAAAUUAAAAUAGAUAAUGAUGAUCAAAAAUAUCAAUAUAUUUUAUGGAGAAAUUCUCCAAAAGAAAAAAUUAAAACAUAUAAAUUAACCACAGUCACUUACGGAACUGCAUCUGCACCAUAUUUGGCUACCAGGGUUCUGGUAGAUAUUGCAGAUAAAUGUAAAAACCAAGUUAUUAGUGCAAUAAUUAGGAAUGAUUUCUAUAUGGAUGACCUAAUGACUGGAGCUGAUUCGGUAGAAGAAGCUAAUAAAUUAAUAACAUUAAUUCUCCAUGAAUUGCAGAAAGUUGGAUUCAACUUAAGGAAAUGGAUUUCCAACAAUUCCAAAAUAUUAACCACUGUGGAGGACACAGGGGACAAUAAGGUUCUCAAGAUUAUCGAAAAUGAAUGUGUUAAAACUUUAGGACUAAAAUGGGAACCUCAAAAUGAUUUAUUUAAGUUCAGCGUAAAUUGUAAUGAUGAAUCAAAAAAUAUAAAUAAGCGCGUUGUGUUAUCAACGCUAGCAAAAAUAUUUGAUCCGUUAGGAUGGUUGGCACCAGUCACGGUUUCAGGAAAACUUUUUAUUCAAAAACUUUGGAUAAAUAAAAGUGAAUGGGAUCAGGAAUUAUCCAUAGAAGAUAAAAAUUAUUGGGAAAAAUAUAAAGAAAAUUUAUUAUUGUUAGAGAAUAUUCGAAUCCCAAGGUGGAUUAAUUCAAACAGUUCUUCAGUCAUUCAGAUUCACGGAUUUGCGGACGCCUCCGAAAAAGCAUAUGCUGCAGUAGUCUAUGCUAAAGUAGGACCUCAUGUUAAUAUAAUAGCUAGCAAAAGUAGAGUCAACCCUAUAAAAAAUAGGAAGACAAUUCCCAAACUCGAGCUGUGUGCAGCUCACCUGCUUAGUGAAUUAAUCCAAAGACUAAAAGGAUCAAUUGACAAUAUAAUGGAGAUCUAUGCUUGGAGUGAUUCCACGAUUACCUUAGCAUGGAUUAACAGUGGUCAAAGUAAGAUCAAAUUUAUAAAAAGAAGAACGGAUGACAUUCGGAAAUUAAAAAAUACUGAAUGGAAUCAUGUUAAGUCAGAGGAUAAUCCAGCAGAUUUAGCAUCCAGGGGAGUGGAUUCUAACCAGUUGAUCAACUGUGAUUUUUGGUGGAAAGGUCCGAAAUGGCUAGCAGACCCAAAAGAACUUUGGCCUCGGCAGCAGUCUGUAGAAGAACCUGUCUUAAUAAAUACGGUAUUAAAUGGCAAAAUAGAUGAUCCUAUUUACGAAUUAAUAGAAAGGUAUUCCAGUAUAGAAAAACUUAUACGUAUAAUAGCAUACAUAAAUAGAUUCGUGCAGAUGAAAACAAGAAAUAAAGCCUAUUCAUCAAUUAUUUCAGUAAAGGAGAUAAGAAUAGCGGAAACAGUUGUUAUUAAGAAACAACAAGAAUACCAGUUUAGGCAAGAGAUAAAGUGCCUUAAAAUCAAAAAGGAAAUCAAGACAAAUAAUAAAAUAUUGUCAUUGAAUCCAUUUUUGGACAAGGAUGGGGUUCUAAGAGUUGGAGGAAGAUUGCAAAAUUCCAAUGCAGAAUUUAAUGUUAAACAUCCAAUCAUUUUAGAAAAAUGCCACCUAACAAGCUUAUUAAUAAAAAAUGCUCAUAAGGAAACAUUGCAUGGAGGGAUAAACCUAAUGCGAAACUAUAUCCAAAGAAAGUAUUGGAUUUUCGGGUUGAAAAAUUCGUUGAAAAAGUAUUUAAGAGAAUGUGUAACGUGUGCAAGGUAUAAACAAAAUACAGCUCAGCAAAUAAUGGGUAACUUGCCAAAAUAUAGAGUGACGAUGACAUUCCCGUUUCUUAAUACUGGAAUAGAUUACGCAGGUCCUUAUUAUGUUAAAUGUUCAAAAAAUCGUGGCCAAAAAACAUUUAAAGGAUACGUUGCUGUAUUCGUUUGCAUGGCCACCAAAGCCAUACACUUAGAAAUGGUAAGCGAUCUAACUUCAGACGCAUUUUUAGCAGCACUCAGAAGAUUUAUUGCUAGACGGGGAAAAUGUUCCAAUAUCUAUUCAGACAACGGAACAAAUUUUGUAGGAGCUGCAAGAAAAUUAGAUCAAGAGUUAUUUAAUGCAAUACAAGAAAAUAUAACGAUUGCAGCGCAGCUUGAAAAGGACAGGAUUGAUUGGCAUUUUAUUCCCCCGGCAGGACCUCACUUCGGAGGUAUUUGGGAAGCUGGAGUUAAGUCAAUGAAAUACCAUUUAAAGCGUAUAAUCGGCGACACUAUUUUGACUUACGAAGAAAUGUCAACUCUUUUAUGUCAAAUAGAAGCAUGCUUAAAUUCAAGGCCAUUAUACACUAUAGUUAGUGAAGUGCCGAAGAUUAUUUGGGAUCCGCUGAAACUAUCAAUAUUAAAUCAUACUGAGGAAUUUGAACGAUUGAAUAAUGAAAUUAAAUUUAUGAAAGAGAACCAUCAAAAAUUGAAAGAUUUACAUUUCCAUCAUAUUUCCGGACAUGCUGGAUUAAUUAUUGCUUUAAUACUAAUGAUAGUAUUAAUAAUAUAUUUCAUACGGAAAUGUGCUGUGCAACAAAGAAUGCAAGCAAUAACCUUUGCAGGUCCGUUGCCAGUACUAUAAAUAUCAAUAGUAAAUAAACAAUAAAAUAAUAUAACAAAUAAAAAUAUACAGUCCACUAUAUCGUUGUUUAAU